UGUGUGCGUCUCUCACCACAGGGCCGGCAGUGAGGACGCGACCCGACCCAUGGGAUUGGUUAGCGGAUCCGGCCGCUAGACACUUGGACCACACUGUUUGUCACCCGCUUGCUCCGGCGCUGAUCUGAGGGCAAGAAACAACCGUUUUUAGUGGAAGUGUUUUUUUAACCAGCGUGAUGGAUGUAGCUGGAUAGCGAUAACCGGGGAACCACCACAUUUGGCCACAUUUGGGAUCCUACUCUGUGGCAAAAGGGCAUCUUUUUAUUUGUUAAUCAUAACCACUGUCCAAACCAAACCAACCUGCUUCAGCCAGCCGUGAGAUGGUGACCAAUCGAGACUUUGUGACUCUGUUGCUGAUCGCCCUGCCCUGGUCGCUCCUCAUCUGGCACCUAAGCAACGGCAACCAUACGGACCUCUACUGGAAAGGAACGCCGGACAGAAGGAACGGCAGCCGCCCUGCCUCGGGGGACCCCUCCUCCCCCAGGGAGGGCUGUGCUCCGUGGGGGAGGGCGGCGGCGGGGGCGGGCGGCGGCAUCAUGGAGGCGGUGCGCACCGAGUACGUCUACAGCCGGCCCCCGCCCUGGUCCGCCGCGCUGGCGCCCCUCUACGUGAUCACCGCCACCUUCCAGCGGGCGGUGCAGAAGGCGGAGCUGACGCGGAUGGCCAACACCUUCCUCCACGUGGCCAACCUGCACUGGGUCGUGAUCGAGGACGCCCGCAACACCUCCGCGCUGGUGCGCCGCCUGCUGAAGGCCACGGGCCUCAACUACACCCACCUCCACCUGGAGACGCCCAGGGUCCUGAGGAUGACUGGGUCCUACCCGCGGGGGGGCAUCCAGAAGAACUUGGGGCUGCGCUGGCUGCGCCUGACCAUGGGCGAGGCGCCCCCCGGGGUGGUGUACUUUGCGGACGAUGACAACGUGUACAGCCUGCAGCUGUUUGAGGAGAUGCGCUCCACCACGAUGGUGUCGGUGUGGCCCGUGGGCUUCAUCGCAGGCCGGAAAUACGAGUCGCCCAAGAUCAACGCCCAGGGCAAGGUGUGCGGCUGGGUGACGGGGUUCGCACCGAAUCGGCCGUUCGCCAUCGACAUGGCUGGCUUCGCCAUUAACCUGAAGCUCCUCAUCCGAAAGUCUGAGGUCGUCUUCAAGCUGCGCGACGUCAAGUCGGGUUACCAGGAGACCAACCUGCUCAGUGCGCUGGUUUCCCUCAGCGACCUGGAGCCCAAGGCGGAUAACUGCACCAAGGUGCUGGUGUGGCAUACCAGGACAGAGAGGCCCACACUGGUGAAUGAGGGCCAGCGAGGUUUCUCAAAUCCCGAGGUUGAAGUAUGACGACAUGUACCGGGCAACCCAGCAUUGAGACAAAGGGACACCAUACCAUCAGUCUGGAAGGCGUGAAGAGGGGGUUCAGCCACACCAUAAAGAGCUCUCUCAGCGACCUACAGCAGCAGGCCGGGCCCCUGCUCGGCAGAACAUAGGGGCCCUUUUUGUUGUCGCGGCUCCUAACUAGUUGUUUGGGGCACAGGGCGGCCAUGCAGGGAAGUAAUUGGGCCCUUGUCUUGUGACAAGGCAGCAGCAAAUGACAAUCAGAGACAUGAUGGAGGGCAUUUCUGCAAUAUUCCUGUUUUUUAUGUUAUGGGGUAUAUGGAUUUGUGUGUGCUACUGAAUGUUAACUGUAGUUUGAUAGUAGAUGGAGAUGGAUAGAUUGUGUGUAUAUGCAGACUUUGUGCUGCUUUGUCAUCUGCGUUCUCUCGAACGCUUAAGGGAGAUUAUAAAGGCUAAUCCAAUCACACACACACUAGUGGUUUGGUAAUGUCGGGAGAUGGAGUAUAGGUAUCCAUAUUUGGACAGUUGAUUGGGUUUGAUUGACUUGUUGCAAUAUCUUGCGAGCCGAGGGAAAUCAAUUCAUAUUGUCUUUACAUGUUCCAGCACAGUUUAGAGAGAGGUGUGUUUCAAAGGUUCCUCACAAAGAAACCUACCUUACCUGCCAUGUCCUUCCAAAGUAUGAAUGGGACUUUUU